AGUUCAAUUUCCUGUCAUGUUCACCGUCUGGAUACUUUUGUGUUUCCAACUGUCCAAAAAUGUUCAGGUAACAUGAACGAGCUGUUCCCAUUUUAUUUUAACUUAAUCCAUUUUCAUCAAGUAGAAUUCAGCGUUUCUCAGCUUGGGUCAUAUGACCUCAUGUCGGCUACAGCAAAGGGGGGGGGGGGGGGGGGUUUAAAAAUAUUGUUGAAAAAAUAUAGCACUGCUUUAUAUUAAUAACAUGGAAGUGAUCUAAAGAGGUAAAUAUAAUGUGGUUACGGCCAAAACAGUUUGAGAAACGCUGCAACAGAUGAUUCUUAUUAUUCAAACAUAAUAAAUUAUUAAUUUCCCAAAAAUUAAUUUCCCCUCUUGUGUCUCGGUUUUUAUGCUUCAAAUAUUAAAACAAUAAACAGAAAUUAAGGAAUUUUAAUUCUUUACACAGUCCACCGUACCCAGGCCUAGUUAAAAAUUUGUGUUGAAAGUCGCAUCAAAAUAUUAUUAUUUUUUAACAACUUCGUAUUCAAGUAUGAAAAUACAAGUUGACGUGUCUACCAGACAGAGAUAUAUUUUCAGUAGAUUCACUUUACUGUAUUUAUUUUCAUAGGUCGGCAUCUUAAAAUGAGACACAAUCACGGAAUUCAAUUCAAUACAAUUAGGAUUUAAUAAUAAAAGUUCAUGUUUGAAAAUUGAUUUCUUUUUUUUAAAAAGUCAGUCGUUCUGAGUUUUUAGUUUUUAUAAUAAGCAGGUCAUGGGCCCUUAAUAUAGAGGAGAAGAAGAAGGUAUGAACUAUAAAUAAGUCUCCCCUUAAACACUUAUUAAAGCCAAUGAACACUCGCGUUGAAUGUAUUAAAACCGGCCUGCACAACAUACGGGCCGGAUGCGGGCCGCCAGAACCCACUUAGCGGCCCACUAAGUCACGAAAUACUCUUUAUUCUUCUUAUUAUUUUUAAUAACUUUCCCCCGUCUUAUUUUCAUUUGGCCCGCCCAAGUCCUGACCUAUUUUCUUCUGGCUCGCCCAAGUCCUGACCUAUUUUCUUCUCCUGCAUAAGUUUUUUUUUUUUAAAUUUGAGUUGUGCGGGCCUGCAUUAAAGACACUGGAACUCGAUCUGAGAAUGCAUACGGAAUGGUAGGAAGGACUGCCAUGAGAAACGAACUAUUCUAAUGACCAACUCUGUCAAGUGGGACAGUACAACAAAUAAAAACCGCAAAUUUGUAAAAAAAAAAUAAUAAUAAUAUUUUUGCGAGUCAAAACUUUACCACGAUAUAAAGAUAAUUGUUGAUGACUCCCAUGAAAUUUGUUGAAGACUCCCAUGAGAUUUGUUGAUGACUCCCAUUAGUUUUGUUAAUGAGUUCCAUGAUUUUUUUUUUGAUGACUGCCAUGAUAUUUGUUGAUGACUUGUGAUUAUAUUUUGAUGACUCCUGAUGAUAUUGUUGAUGAUUUCCAAUAUUUUUUGAUGACUCCUCAUGAUAUUUUUUUAUGACGACCCUGAUAUUUGUCGAUUACUUCCAUGAUAUUUGUUGAUGACUGGUGAUUAUAUUUUUUGAUGACUCCCGAUUAUAUAUUGUUAAGGACUCCCAAGGUAUUUGUUGUUGACUACCGAUGGUAUGUCUUGAUGACUUCCGUGGUAUUUGUUGAGGAUUUCGGAAAUAUAUUUGCUGAAAACACCCAUGGUAUUCGCUGAUGACUUCCGAAGAUUUGUUAUGACUCCCAAAAAUAAAUGUUGAUGAUUCAGGAUUAUACUUCUGAUGACUUCCAAUGAUGUUAUUUAAGGAGUCCCAUGAUAUUUUAUUGAAGACUCCAGAUGAUAGUGUUGAUGUAAAGUUCUUUUCCUAUUUACACUUUCUUUACUGUUCAUGAAAUCGAUUUUGUUCUUUUAACUUCCUUUUCUCCAAACAGCUCAACAAAGAAUUAGUUUUGCAAUAGAAAGAUAAUGUCAACACGAUAAAUUGCACGUGAAUGAAACAGUCGUCGGGCUGAUUAAAUAUUGGGCGUGAGUGGUUGGCAUGUGUUUCUGUGUGUUGCUGUGUGUUUCUGUGUGUACUCACAUCAAGACGGUUUAAACCCUGGGUGUCAUGACACGCAUUGACAUCCAUACAUUUGACAAUGCAUAAACAUAGGUUGUCAAUGAUAUUUCCCCACAUUACAAACAAAUGAAGCAUCUCUACGUGCAGUGGUUCAGGUUCCGAAGCCCGGUCAUCGUAACAUCUACGUCAUUGCCUGUACUGUUAGAUUUGGUAAACGAUAAAAAAAAGGUCCGAUAUGAGUACUUGUCAAUAAUGUGUUUUAAGGAAGUAAUCUAUGUUGUUUCAUGUAAUAUGUAAUAGCCAUCAUAAUCUACCGUCAUAUUGUAUCUUUUGAAGUUAUCAUAGAACUGUUCAUCUAUCUAUUGACAUGUCGUAUGUCUGAUCAACUUUUAUUAGCACGAUGAACGGGAAAGUAAAAGAAAAUAAUUAUUAUUCAAUGAUUUUUUUUUUAAAGUUCCACUAUAUUUAUUUUAAAUACGUACAUGAAUCAAUUAAAUAAUACAAGCUUUAAGUGUGUUGCUAUAAAUGUAUUUAUAAAUGAAAUGUAGAUAGACGGAGGUGGCGAUGACAAGAAAUUUGGAGGUCGUAUGGCCAGAUUUCACUUGAUGAUCAUAUCCAUCGCAGGCAUAACAAAAUGGAGCGGGUUUUCUACGUCUGUUGCCAUGACUACACAUGUGAAGCCGAGUUCGCGCGUUUUUUUUUUUUCUGCCCCAGUCAUCAAGGUUUACCAAGUAAGCCACAGACAUUGGGGCAUGGUUCAGUUGAGCCUAUCUUCAAGCCAGAUAGCAUAUGAUAUUUUUGACGUUAGGCAUGUGCCCAAUAUUCUGAACUUCUCUUCUGCGUUAAACAAAAAAAAGUCCCUGAAGCCUAACCUUGUUGUAUUACAUUUAUUGUUAGAGGAAAACUCAACAUAGCAGUUUUCCCCCGUCAUUAUCUUCAUAGUGUCAUUUUUCGCACUUCUAGAAUCUGCCCACAGAGCUAGUGUUCGCACGUCCAGACUCUGUCAACAGAGCGAGCUUCGUUUGAUAGGUUCUACGUAUUUACACUGGAAAAGGUGUUAUCCCUUUUGUUUAAAAAUUCUGAGCGCAUUAUUUUUUUGAUCAUCGGGGAAGAAACAAUUUUAAGUCAAUGGUGAACAUUUAACAGCGCCAUUUUUAAAGACAUUUUUUUCAACUUGCUAAUCCAUGGCUUUGUCCGAGCGAAUUUUUUUUUUUUUUUUUUUUUUUUUUUAUUUUGUGGUUUUUUCUUGUUUUUUUUUUUUUUUUUUUUUUUUUUUGUGGACUCAGGAUCCGGUCGAUUCACUCUUCCUCGUGCUGACCUGUUAGGUCGCUUCAGAGAUGACGACACAUAGUUUUAGCUCCAGUAUGUUGCCUCGUUGUGGGGAUGUGGAAGGUUGAGUUAUGGGGAAUUAAGAAAAGGGGAUUUUAAAUUAACACAACUCUAAUCUUUUGCUUACAAUAUACAUCAAUCCUAACUGUAGAAUUUUGGGAUGGAAUGGGGAAAGUUGUCGGGGUGGGGCAUUUCGGGAAUAAAACUCAGAUCUACGCAGGGCAAGCAGCCGUUAAAAAUCGUUCAGUUCGUAUCUCUUUAGCGAGUUGAAACUCGUAUGUGAAAGGUAGUCUUUUUUUUUUUUUUUUUAAAUUUAUGUGGGUUUUUUAAACAAAUACUUUUUACUAACUUUGCUUUUUGUUCGUGAGACUCUUCGCCGAUGCCAAUGGCAUUUCGGGAAUAAAACUCAGAUCUACGCAGGGCAAGCAGCCGUUAAAAAUCGUUCAGUUCGUAUCUCUUUAGCGAGUUGAAACUCGUAUGUGAAAGGUAGUCUUUUUUUUUUUUUUUUAAAUUUAUGUGGGUUUUUUAAACAAAUACUUUUUACUAACUUUGCUUUUUGUUCGUGAGACUCUUCGCCGAUGGCAACACAUUCUGUAAAAUUCUGCUUUUGUUGCUCAUUGUUGAUGGCUGACAAUAGUACACCCUUUAUCUGGAACUAAUCAUUAUCAUAUUAUAACCUGUCGUUACCUUAAGGAGUCGAUAUUUCAAACAAUUUGAUAACCACUGGUUAUAUUGAAACUAAUGGUCCACGAAGCUGAGGGUUUUGGAACAAUAAUUAUGAUGCCGUUCGAGCGAGCGGUUACAAUAGCAAUAAUUGGCAACAACAAAAAAGCAUGAUAUAAUUGUUCAGGACACGUUCACUGUGGAUAGUUGUUAGAAUCUCAUGUGUAAUGUCACUGACGGCAUUGUAAUAUAUAGGAAGCAUGCUCUCAUAGUGUUAGUCAAUAUGUUUCAUUUUAGCUUAAAACAACACAAAAGAGUGAAGUUUAAAAAAAUGAGGAUAAAUGAAUGAAUAAAAUAUGGUCUAAAUCAGUGGUUCUCAACCUUCCUAAAGCCGCAACCCUUUAAUACAGUUUCUCAUGUUGGGGCGACCCCAAAACACAAAAUUUAUUUCGUUGCUACUUUAUAACUGUAGAGUAUAUGUGUUUUCCGAUGGCCUUACGUGACCCCUCUGAAAGGGGGCUUGUGACCCGCCAAAGGGGUUGCGACCCACAGGUUGAGAACCACUGGUCUAAAUGAUCUCACUGAUUCACGCCUGAUGCCCAGGGCCUAAAUACUUUUUUUUUCAAACCAAUUGAUCAGAUUUCAGAUAGUGGUUGCUCUUCUCCUGGUUCAAGGCUCGGGCCGUUUAACGAACGGCCUUCAGUUCAAUGUCACAGACAACCAAGGUCAAGGAUUCCUUGUAUCUUUGGGAAAACUUCAGGUGAGUAAAUUCCUUGGAGUUUGAAGUAAACAGAAUAGGUUCAACAAAUUUGACGAUUGGUAACAUUUGUCAAUCCAAUUAUUGUUUCCAUUGUCGUUUGUUUGCUAUUUCAAAUUUUGACACUUUCAUUUCAAUUUUCAAGUUUCAUUUUUCAAGUUUUCAAAGUGUUUUUAAAGUAAUCAAUUUUGAUAACAUUUUUUUUAAAGAAUGUCACCUCAAGAUUUUAAAUUAAUCUUUGCCUUUAAAUAAGGUCUGAUCCUUCUUUUUUCUUAUGUAUACGUAAAAUAUUUCUGACUUGCUGCCUUCAUUAAAAAAAAAAAUGUAUCCAAAUAAUGACACUUGUACCUUGCCCCACACAGCUGUUCCGACAUACAUUUUCAUCCCCCAUUUUAUUUGUUGGGACGGGCCUGACAUCUUUCUCCGAGGAUUCUGGAAAUUUUUUCAUCGAGGACUACAUCAGUUCCAGGUUGCCUUUGAGCAAUUAUUCCAUUGAUUGUGGCCAGACUUCCUGUACCAUACGGCUGAGCAGAGGGGACACGUUCGUGAGUUUUUCAUUCUAGAAUUUUUACUCCAUUUCAGAUUUCAUAUUCACGAAUGUAAUAUGUAAAAAGCACGGAUGGUUAGAUUAAUGGUAUCCCAGCAACUGAUAGUCUAAUGCAGCGGUUCUCAAUCUGUGGGUCGCGACCCCUUUUGAGGUCGCAUGACCCUUUUCGAGGAGUCGCCUAAGACCAACUGAAAACACAUAUUCUCUACAAUUAUGAAGUAGAAACGAAAAUAAUUUGUUGCUGAGGGUUGCCACAACAUGAGGAGCUCUACCAAAGGGUAGCGGCAUUAGGAAGGUUGAGAACCACUGGUCUAAUGCUAUUUUAAGUGUUUAUAGGUUUACGGACAUUGGGUUUAUUUACGAAGUUAACUUUUAAAACUUCCAAAAGUCAAUAUCUUUCAACGGAUCGGUGUUUCUGGUUCAAAAAAUUAGCUGUUUGUACAUGGAAGACUUCAAUAGAACAACUGCUAGAUAGCUUGGUCUGUUGGAAGUCAAUAGCAAUGUUUCAAUACAAAAGUUGCUGGGUGGCCGAGCGGUCUAAACUGUCUCAAACGAAGUAGCUGGUGGUCUGGAGUUCAUUCCCCACCAAAGCCAACAUCCCAAGCACCCCGGGUGGAUGGGACUCGUUAGUCUUGGACAACAACUUGUCUGAGAAAAGGCAAACUCUGAAUUUAAACCAGGAGCCAGAAUGAUCAACAAAUUGAUCGUGGGCACCUCAAAUAUAAGAAGAAGAAGAACCCAUAUAUAUCUUGAUUAGUUGGAACUUAAUUGCAAUACUUCAAUAGAACAACUAAUAGAUAUCUCGUUUUGUUAGAACUCAGUUGGAAGAAAUCUUUGUCGUUUCUUGGAAAAGCAACCCCAACAAAACACAAACACAUCCACCACACACACACACACGACAAAACACAAAUAUGUCACACAUACAAUGAUAGACGCGAAGCUAUUGUCACUAAACUGAGACAUUAUUUGCUACAUAUUUGUAUCAUUUACAAAGGCUUUUCUUUCUUGAAUCGCCGACCCCGGUCCAGCCUCACUCUAACAUAAGUACAUGUAAAGUUUCCAUUGAAUAAACACAAGGGGUAAAAAAUCUCCAUUUAAUCAAAUAUAAUAAAUUGCUGUUCAAUAUCAUUGUAUUGUGUUUUAUGUACACAUAGAUUAAGUGCUAACUGUUCAUUGAAAAAAGUUCAGUAAUCGUACAAAGGCAUCAGAUAGAUGUCCUGCUAUAGCAGAAUGAAAUACGUGUAACGCCUUAAGAACUGAACACCCCGAUUAAACACAAACACAAAACUACAAAUAACGUUUAUUUGAACCAAAAAAAUGAGAUGGUUAACACCUUUGGUAGAUCGCUUCAUUUUUAAUAAAGAAUAAGUACAUUGUAGUACAUUGUAGCCUCGGUGAAUAGUUCAGGAAACCCGUGCUAAGAAUAGAACAAUAGAGUAGUUGUUUAAUGUACACACCAGUUGUAAAUAACUGGGUUAGCUGUAUAAAUAUGGCCUAUAGUUCAGGUGGACUCCAAAAAUUGAUUACAAGAAGUAGUAAAGAGAGAUGACUGAAAGUGUAGCACGUUACUUGAAUACAUUGUGACAGUGUUUAUUUUGUGCCUUAGCCAUUGUAGAUUUGGAAUUUUGGGUGCUGCAAGCUAGCAAGAAUUUAAAAUCUUGACUCAUUUUAAAACAUAUCUUUUUAGAAUGGUAUUGAAACGAAUUAUGACAAUAAGUCAGUGACAGUACAAACACAAGAUCAUAAAGCAAAUGAAGACAACAAAGUCAGUUGCCGUACACACACACACAAAAUGAUCUUACAGUUUCAAAAGGGCUAACGCUCUGUAUGAACUGAAAUGAAAUGUAAAAGCUUAGCGUUAGAGAUUAUUUUCACAAACGCCUACGCCAUAACAGUUUCGGAAAAGAAUCAUUAAUGACGUCAUGUGCCGGGAUCCAUCCGUCUUCGAGAGUAGCUGUUGUCAGUUCUAUCUGAACAAUGACAGAGUCCAAUGCUAGAGAGGGGGGUCACUGCUGCACUUCCGCGGGGAUCCUCGAAGGCUGCAGUUGUUCAGCCGUCCUGUCAAGGACGUUUGUGUAACGCCCAGCCCCCCCUCCCCACCCUCACCCCCCAGGCUUGUUAAGUUUCCAAUCAAGAAACAGGGUGUUUCGUUUCUUAACUGGCUAUUCACGGCAGUAGAAAAAAAGCUACCUUAAAGCACCUAUGCACCUCAUGCUCACACGUUAAAGCACCUAUGCACCUCAUGCUCACACGUUAAAGCACCUAUGCACCUCAUGCUCACACGUUAAAGCACCUAUGCACCUCAUGCUCACACGUUAAAGCACCUAUGCACCUCAUGCUCACACGUUAAAGCACCUAUGCACCUCAUUCUCACACGUUAAAGCACCAUUGCACCUAAGUCCCAUUGUUCAUUCCAAUUCACAGGUAGCUCUGCGCCUGCAGUCAGAGCAAAGCCAACCUCUUGUCAUUGACUUUGAAGACCAAAGUUCAGAUUUCGAUCGUAUUUGGCUGAGGUUGAAGGCAGAAGAUGGCGAAGAAAUUUAUGGAGGUGGUGAACAGUUCUCUUACUUUAACCUCCGGCACAGGGACCAGGGCAGAGAAAACGUGUUUCCUGUGUGGGUUCGGGAACAAGGUAGGAGAUGCUAUGCAUAUAAAUAUCCGUCUUUAUAGUGCAGGGGUUCUCAACCAAUGGGUCACGACCCCUUUGAGGGUCAAAUGACCCUUACACAGGGGUUGCCUAAGAUCAUCGGAAAAUACAUAUUUAUGAAGUGGCAACGCAAAUAAUUUCAUGGUUGGGGGUCACCACAACAUGAGGAACUUAUUAAAGUGUCGCGGCAUUAGGAAGAUUGAGAACCACUGGUUUGGUGGAUCGAUAAGAUAAUUAUAAUAUUUCUUUCUUUGCGAGACAAGGCUAUUGCUAAAUUCGAUGUAUGCACGACUGGGUGCUAUUGUUUUAUUUGAUCUAUGCCAGACUGGGGCUAUUGUUUCAUUCGAUCUAUGCAAGACUGAGGCAGGUAAUUGUUUCAUUUUAUCUAUGCAAGACUUAGUGCUAUUGUUUCAUUUUAUCUACGCAAGACUGUGGCUAUUAUUUGAUUUAAUCUAUGCAAGACUGGUUGCUACUGUUUCAUUGUUGUAUGUAAUUUAAAUAAAAAAUUAAAUGGACUUUCCAGGCUGAUUAAUUUAACCAAGCGAUACCUCUUCAUUUCAAUGUUUUUAAGAUCUCAACUCGUCAAUGGUCAAUUAUUCUUAAAACGGUUUGGUAGCGGGGGGGGGGGCAUCAGUGGUUUUGCAAGGAUUAGUGCCACCUCUGUCGGGCAAAGAUUUUUGCCAAACCCAGCAAAAAUGCAACAACCCCGCAGUUGGCUGAAAAUGCUGGUCCUAAAUAUACAGCAAAAAGUGCCGUCCGGGGCGGACAGCCCACUCGGACCACCCCCCACCCCAUCCCACCCUCCCUGGGUCAUUGGGUGGCCUUUGUAAAGUGAAUGCAUUUAUCUAAUAUCCGAUUUAAGUUCUUUUAGAAAAGUUCAUUUGAUGACCGCACUAAAAUCCAACUGCACUCGGCACGGUAUUGAGAAUGCAGCAAUGCCGUUUCUUAUCCAGCUUACAUGCUCCUUAAUAUUAUGGAACAUGUCCUACAUUAUCAAAACUCGUGGUGUUAUUCCUUAACGUUAAGCUUACUAUCAACAUCAUGUUUAGCCCCUGUCCCUUUCAAUGUCACUGUCCCUGUCACUGUCACUAUCCCUUUCACUGUCCCUGUCACUGUCCCUGUCACUGUCCCUGUCACUGUCACUAUCCCUUUCACUGUCCCUGUCACUGUCACUAUCCCUUUCACUGUCCCUGUCCCUGUCACUGUCCCUGUCCCUGUCACUGUCACUAUCCCUUUCACUGUCCCUGUCACUGUCACUAUCCCUUUCACUGUCCCUAUCACCGUCCUUGUCCCUCCACUUAAACUAAACUCCUCAAUUAUGAAAAAAAGAUUUAUCACGACAUCUAGAUAAUCUUACAGCCACGAAGACUAUCUUAUCUAAAUAUCCGAAUUGUCUCAAUCUUCUACCAGAUAAUCAUCUCACCGUUCUGUCUAGCUCUGAAUAGGGGAUCAAUGAGCAGAACUCGACAUGAUCAAGAUGGCGCUCCAGUAGAACUACUUUAAUGCCACAGAUGGAAAGGGAGAUAAGUCUUAAUAACAUUGCUAUCACGCCCAUGUCCUAAUGGGCACCGUUCUCAACACAGAGCGUCGGGAAUAAAUAUCACGUCAUUAAAUUGAGUUCACUGCAGUAAAAAUAAUAUUGAAGCAGGCAAUCCAUCAGUAUUACAUGACAACCAGAUGACGAUAAAUAGCACAAUUGUUGUAAAGACAUUGGGGGUUGUCUUUUCCCUCUUCAAAUAAACAACAACCCGUGGUUGGAGCCGGGCAUUGGUGCUGGUGGUCAAAUUAUUUCACACUUUCAUCUGUUACAAAACGUACAUGAGUGAUAAUUUUUUUUUUUAUUAUUCGCUAAUUUGGCUCGUCCAGUUUUAAGGAAAUUAAUGUCAGCUUCCAUAUUCUCAAACUUAUGUUUGCUUUCAUAUGUUACAAAACGUAUCUUCCAUAUUCUCAUCCUACUGUCUGCGAACUCAGGCCCUACUUAUUGGUUAUACGAUGAAUUAUUUCCCGGCUGCUUGUGACGUUCCAGAUUUAACCAUCAACAAGGGAGAGUUACUCCAGAUUUAGCCAUCAACAAGGGAGAGUUACUCCAGAUUUAGCCAUCAACAAAAGAGAGUUACUCCAAAUUUAGCAAUCAACAAGGGAGAGUUACGUGAUGCACACAAAUUAUCGGUGUUUUGAUAACCAGCGUCGUAAAUAGUAUUUAUUAUUCCUUUCACCUCAAACCAUAUUUUAAUUGAAGCGGAUACCUUGCCACUCUUUACAUUGUCACGUGGCUCUUUACAUUGUCACGUGACUCUCUACGUUGUCAGGUGGCUCUCUACGUUGUCACGUGGCUCUCUACGUUGUCACGUGGCUCUCUACGUUGUCACGUGACUCUUUACGUUGUCAUGUUGAACUGCUAGGCUUGUUCUUAAGGCAAAAAAACGUGAUCACGUCACUCCACUACUCCACUCACUACAUUGGCUCCCUAUACAGGCACGCAUUGACUACAAGCUGUCUCUUCUCUGUCACAACUUUUUCUCGGAUUCCUGCCCUUCCUAUCUAACUGAACUUCUUUCUGUCUAUUCACCCCUUCGACAACUUCGCUCCUCCGCAGACUCGCGUAUUCUGUCCGUUCCCAAGACACGCACUAAAUUAUAUGGUGAACGAUCUUUCUCUUUCUGCGCCCCCAAACAAUGGAAUUCUUUGCCACUACACAUCCGCAAUAUAACAACCACACAGGCCUUCAAAACUGCACUCAAAACACAUCUAUUUAAACUAUACUACUCUGACUGAUUCUCCUCCUAUAAACCGAUAAACGUACAUGGGUUUCCUUGUAAAAAUGUCUGGUGUGGGUGGAUGAAUAGACCUAUGGUGUUGUUUUGCUUAUAUGUUGUUUUUAUUUCAUUUAUGUAUUUUAUUUUAAUAUUAUGAUUAUGCCUCUUUGCUAUAUAUGUACAGCGCGGUGAGCCCAGCCCUAGGCCGGGGUACCGCGCUAUAUAAGACCACUUAUUAUUAUUAUUAUUAUUAUGUUACUGUUUACAUUGUUUUAAAUAACUUAAUAUACAUAUUUCAGAUAUAGUAAAACAUUUUAGAUAGACACAUUGUUUUACUAGUAAUGUAGCAGAUUUAUACCUUUAUUUAGAGAUAUGAAAUCUUAUUUAGAUAAGUUAAAUCUUAUUUAGAAAUAUCAAAUCUUAUUUAGGGAUAUCAAAUUAUUAUUUUUUUUAACAUCAGAAAUCGGAAAAUAGCAGUUCAUUUAUUUAUACUCAAGUUUUAGGAAUCUCAUGGAAACCGUAAUGACGCCAUUAACCCACAGGUUGCUAUUUAUAAAUAUAUUAUGAUAAAUAAUUAGAGUGGGAUAAACAUGCAAGGAAAGACAUGCAAAGUAAGUUUAGUGAUCACAGUUUAGCAGGACACAACAAAUCAGCUCGAUCAAAACCGUAUAGUGUACUUAAAUAAAGACCACGUUCAAGCUGUGUGAAGGAAAUAGCAGAUCAAUGUAUGUGGAAGCUUGAAAUUAGAAAGAAAAGACAGUUUAAGAUGAACCUUUUAGCCAAGAGCCCUCCUCGGGAGACAGGACAAAUGAAGAAAUAACAAGAAAUAGAAAUUAUUUUUUUUUAAAAUAUUUUAAAAGUUAACAACUUCCGGCAAUGAAUGUGGCGAAAACUUAAUACUAUUUCUUAGUAGCACCGUCCUUCUUUUACUUUCCUGUCUUUCUAUUUCAGAGCGUCCACAAACCUUGUUCUGCUAUUUUCUAAAAUACUAAAUUCUGUUACCAUGUAGCUUAGCGCAGGCAUCUUGUUCAUACGUUCAAUAAAGUAAGUCACGGACACAAACUUUAGUCUUUUGCGAUCAGUCAAAGAAAAAAAUGAUAGAUUACCCAGUCCAAUCUGGGGAAAUAUGAGGGAUUAACCCAGUCCAAUCUGGUGGGAAAUGUGAUGCAUUGCCCAGUCCAAUCUGGGGAAAUAUGAGGGAUUCACCCAGUCCAAUCUAGUGGGAAAUGUGAUGGAUUACCCAGUCCAAUCUGAUGGGUAAUGUGAUAGAUUACCCAAUAAAAUAUAACAAUUAUAAAUUAUUAUUCAAUAAAUGUGGGAAAUAGACUAAUUAUGUAACAAAUUGGGAAAUAUAAUUAUUUUAAAAAGCUGGGAAAUGUAAUUAUUAUUCAAUAAAUAUGGAAAAUAUUAUAAUUAUUCAAUAAAUAUGGGAAGUAUGAUGAUAAUUAUUCAAUAAAUAUGGGACGUAUGAUGAUAAUUAUUCAAUAAAUAUGGGAAGUAUGAUGAUAAUUAUUCAAUAAAUAUGGGAAAUAUGAUAAUUAUUCAAUAAAUAUGGGAAAUAUGGUAAUUAUAACUAAUAAGAAACGCUUAAAAACAAACGGUAUUUUCUAAAUUAAAGAAUAAUAAUUAAAACCCAUACUAUCCACCAGUUACCCAGAUAAAUUGAUCAAACAUCAUAUUUGUGGUAAUUAGUUCUGUGAAGGUAUCAUGCAUUGUUAUCAAGUAUCAUGCAUUGCUAAUGACGUAUCAUGCAUUGUUGUCAAAAGAAACUCGACCGGGACUCUUAGUAUCUAACUGUGAUAGGACCUCAUCGCCAUCUUCCGACAUAUUUGUGACGGUGGGAGUCCCGACAUAGGACAUGGAGGCCAACGCAUCAAGCCUCGUCUGGUUGUCAAUGCUCAGGUUCGGUGGCGAGUUCCUCUUCAUGAUGAAGCUCGUCUUGGACCCCAGCCUGACCACCGACGUCUGGUGCAUCUGCGUGCCCCCCACGUACAUCCACUCGGGAUCCGUCUCGUCGUCCCUCUUCCUCGGCUUGGUGUACUUCUCUUCGAUCAGCCGCUUGAUGGAGAGCCUGUUGAUGUCGGCCAGCUCUGACGGCGGGGACUUCAGCUCGCCCGUGCUGCUGAACGCGUCGUAGUCCACAAUGUUGGUGGGUUCCUGCUCCAGCCAAUCGGCGACCUUGACCACGACCUCCGUCUCGUCGAGUUCUUCCACGCGGACGAUGACCUCGUGCUUGCGCAGUCGGCAUUGGCGCACGUCCUCGUCGUCGUCUUCGCUGUCACUCUCCAGGGAAAACCUGGUGAACAGCCGGUGGAGUCGAUCUUCUUUGUGGAGUCGCAUGAUUUCAUAGUAGCCGCCUAUGAUUCUGCCGCGGACGAAGAGAAGUGGAACUUGUCUUGAGUUGAGCCCCGAUAACAGCAGCAGGUAGUCCUCAACCUGUCAAGUCAACGUAACGUAAGCAGGGAGCAUUGGAAAUUAUGUUUAAAAUUUUAUUUUUGUAGCAAUUAGUUUUGAUAGAAUAUUUUUGAGUGGCCUAGUUUUGUCCGAUCAAUGUUGGUGACAUUUUACGUCACAUAAACAAGGAUUACCAUCCGUUUCAAUGUUCGACAUUUCGCUAAAGAGUCAAUGCCUAAAAGAUGUCCACUUUUACGUCAACUCUGGUCUGCAUCGUCGGAGCCACGGUCCGAAAGUCGGAAAAUAUGGCUUAAACGUUCUGAUUUGACUUAUCCAACUAAUUGUACGGAAUACUUUGAUUGGAGCAGUCAACGACUUACACUGGAGCAGUCAAAGACUUACACUGGAGCAGUCAAAGACUUACACUGGAGCAGUUAAAGACUUACACUGGAGCAGUCAAAGACUUACACUGGAGAAGUCAACGAGUUACACAGGAGUAGUCAAAGACUUUCUUUGGAGCAGUCAAAGACUAACAUUUGAGCAGUCAAAGACUUACACUGGAGCAGGCAAAGACUUACACUGGAGUAGUCAAAGACUUACACUGGAGCAGUCAACGACUUACACUGGAGCAGUCAACGACUUCCACUGGAGCAGUCAAAGACUUAUACUGGAGUAGUCAAAGACUCACACUGGAGCAGUCAAAGACUUACACGGGAGCAGGCAAAGACUAACACAGAAACAGUCAAAGACUUACACUGGAGCAGUCAAAGAUUUACACUGGAGCAGUCAAAGACUUACACUGGAGCAGUCAAAGACUUAUACUGGAGUAGUCAAAGACUUACACUGAAGCAGUCAAAGACUUACACGGGAGCAGUCAAAGACUAACACAGAAACAGUCAAAGACUUACACUGGAGCAGUCAAAGACUUACACUGGAGCAGUCAAAGACUAACAUUGUAGCAGUCAAAGACUUACACUGGAGCAGUCAAAGACUUACACUGGAGUAGUCAAAGACUUACACUGGAGCAGUCAAAGACUUACACUGGAGCAGUCAACGACUUACACUGGAGCAGUCAACGACUUACACUGGAGCAGCCAAAGACUUACACUGGAGCAGUCAAAGACUUACACUGGAGCAGUCAAAGACUUACACGGGAGCAGGCAAAGACUAACACAGAAACAGUCAAAGACUUACACUGGAGUAGUCAAAGACUUACACUGGAGCAGUCAAAGACUUAUACUGGAGUAGUCAAAGACUUACACUGGAGCAGUCAAAGACUUACACGGGAGCAGGCAAAGACUUACACAGAAACAGUCAAAGACUUACACUGGAGCAGUCAAAGACUUACACUGGAGCAGUCAAAGACUAACAUUGUAGCAGUCAAAGACUAACAUUGGAGCAGGCAAAGACUAACAUUGGAUCAGUCAAAGACUUACACUUGAGAGGUCAAGGACUUACAUUGGAGCAGUCAGAUCGUUUCUCGAUGUCCACAUAGGUCCACCAUUUGUCGGUCAGUUGAUGUUGGUAUUGCUUCAGGAUUUCUUUGACCAUUUGGGUCUCGGGGGAGUAACUCUUGCCAAACAUGACUAUCUAAGAAAAUUUUUUAAAAAUUUAAAAUAAUAACAUGGAUUAUUCAUUUGACCAUCUACGCAUAAUAUUUGUAUAAUAAUCUCACACAGAAAUCCGAACAAAACAAAAUAUUUUAAAAGUUUGUUUAAAAAUUCAAGUGCUUAUCCAACUGAAAAAGUGCAAGAUGAAUUACGUCAAUGUGACUGAGACAACUCCUAUGGCAUAAGUUGUUUACUUCUUAUUUGGAAAUAUUGAAUUCAUCUUGGCUUCCAUCUGUCUUUCUAUUUAUAUUUAUUUUUGUAGGAGUCUGACGUUUACUUAAUUUUUAUUUAUCUAAUUACUCAGUCCUCAUUUUGAGGUCAAUAGUCACAGUUAUAUUGUCAUAGUUUUAUAGCCAUCUUUCUAUUGCAAAUAGCUCUAUAGCCAUAGUUGUAUAGCCAUAGUUAUAUAGUCAUUGUUUUAUAGUCAUCGUUCUAUAGUCAUUGUUCUGUCCAAUCCUAUAUGACCGAAGGGGUUUACCACACAACAACCUCGCCAGUUACGCUUCUCAUGGUUGAUUAAUUAGACACCAACAAUUUGUGUCAAUAUAACAAUAUAUGUUAAGCUUUAAUAAUAAUUUUACAUAAUACACUAGUCAUCGUUUCGGCACAUGCCUUUAUCACUAAAAUAAUAAAACAUUUAAAUAAGUAUAAAAUAAAUGUACAUAAUAUUUUUAUAUAUGUAUCCUACCCCAAAAAAGAUAAAACAAUAUGAGUGGUGCAAAACCCAGACAGAAACAGAGUAAAGAAGAAUGGAAAGGAAGUGAUUUGAAAUAAAAUGUAAAAAAAAAAGGGAAAAAGACAUGGCAGCUAUGCAUUAUUGGUAUUAUUUUUUUUUUUUAAUAAUUGAUAUAAUUUAAUAAAUAUACCUUUUUAUGUUUCAGUCGUUGGUUUACAAAAGGAAUAGCGUUGGCCAUUUCUAAACUCUCGCAAAUUCAGUGAAACAUUUGCAAAAGUUAUCAUUUGAAAUAAUAAGAUGCUUUUUUAAUAUAUUCUACGGAGCACCUGUACUGGAACUAAUGGACGGCACCCUUCGAUUCGAAUCAGGGACUCUCUUCUAGUUUCAAUCUAAAACACAACGCAACACAACAAUGCGUGGGCAAAUCUAUAUAUAGAUUUAGUGAAGAUAUGUUGAAACACUUGGUAGUCAUGCACUGUUGUAGAGCUCAGUUGUGCUCUAGCGUGUUAAUCCUGUUAAUCCUUUAAUCCGUUCGGGUCGAAGCCGGCAUGUCUCUCAACUUAAAUCUGCUGGAUUGGAAAGAACUUUUUUUGUGUGUGCCGUGGAAUUGAAAAGCAAUGCGUUAAUUUUUCUUUAAUGUGCCCAUUGGUGCACAACCCGGUGUACGGGAAUAUCAUGUGCCCAUUGGUGCACAACCCGGUGUACGGGAAUAUCACAAAUGUAACAUGGUUUUAUUCAACAUUCUCCUGGUCUAUAAAACGUAUUACAUUUUUAAAAUUAAAAUAGACCUCAAAAUGUUGACUUGAGGAAUCAAGAAAAUUGUGUGAUAACUUUAGGCAGUAACACAAUCAAGAAAUCUUUUUUUUAAAUCAAAUGAUGCACAUCAAAGCCAGAAAUCAAACAAGACAUAAUUUUUUUUAAGACUGCAAGAACACAUGACAGUGACAUCCCUUUGACUCCACGUCCUCUGGCAUGAUGCGCAUGAUAUAGAAAUAGUGUCAGCGGGGUCCGUGAACUGCAAGUUUAUUUUGUAAUUUUAUUUGGUGCCUUUUAUAAACAAAACGUAAUUCUAAGAAAAGACUCAAAACCUUCACCUGAUUAGCAAAGGGUACCAUGACACACAAAAAAUGUUAAGAACCCCUGAUGUCGCCGGAUUUUUUCGGAAUGACAUAAAGAUUCUGGUAACUAAGGCACAUAUUCACUGCCAGACUGUGCCUAUAUGGCUCUUAGUCCAGAUUCGUGGGCUCAGAUUAGGGCCGUCUGAGUUGAAGUUAGGGUCAAGCCAGGUGUUGACAUCAUUGGUUGUAUCAUCAAAGACAUUUCUAGAGAUACAAAAUUAUGUAUCGUCAUUAAUGGGUAUCAUUCGUUUCCCUGGGAUGUUUGAAAUUCCUUGCAUAGAUGCUCCCAUUGGUUGACCAUUCCUGAUUCCUUAUUGGUUGCAUGACUUUCUGAUCAGUUCGACCAUAGGCUGAACAGCCCUGACUCUUGAUUGGUUGCAGUAUUUCUGAUCAGUUCUAUGUUGAACAGUUCUGACUCCUGAUUAGUUGCAUGACUUUCUGAUCAGUUCUAUGUUGAAUAGUUCUGACUCCUGAUUAGUUGCAUGACUUUCUGAUCAGUUCUAUGUUGAAUAGUUCUGACUCCUGAUUAGUUGCAUGACUUUCUGAUCAGUUCUAUGUUGAACAGUUCUGACUCCUGAUUAGUUGCAUGAAUUUCUGAUCAGUUCUAUGUUGAACAGUUCUGACUCCUGAUUAGUUGCAUGACUUUCUGAUCAGUUCUAUCAUUGGUUGAACAACCCUGACUUCUUACCUUUUUACCGGAGUUAAUACAUUACGCAUGAAGCUCGCUGCGUGACAGCCUUUUUUGCACUCAGUAUUAUUAAUAUGAAAUAGGUGGAUUUGUUUGGGGGGGGGGCGGUUUUGAACAGGAAGCAGAACGCAGCAGAAGUAAAAUAUGUAUAAGAGAUUCUAAUAGGCUUGAAUUUGCCAGGUGUUGGACGUAACAAGAGUACCCAGGUGACGUUUGCCGCUGACGUCCAGUCCAGGGCAGGGGGAGAUUACCACACCACUUACUUCCCCCAACCAACAUUCGUCUCAUCCAGGCGUUACUUCCUGCAUCACGAUGGACCCAACUAUGCCGUCUUGGAUUUCAGGUAGUCACGCCAUCAACAACCCAUCUGACAAACCGGUCUGAAAACUUAUCAACUUUCAAUUUUUGUCUCAUCUGUUGAUAUGAUGUAUUUUUAGAAACAAAUUUAUAUUAAUUCAACAUGGGGGAUACGUAUGUGUGUUUGUGGGUAAAUGUGUGAAUGUGUAUAUGUAUGCGUUUGAGUUACAUAUGACUUUUCAUUUCGUUAAGGGAUUUAAAUAUUAAUUAUCUUUCUUAGCUACGUCAUCCAGUCAACUAAGUCAAUCUGGACGAUCAAACUGCUAAAUACGCAGUUCAACAAAAAAAUAAUAAUUAUAAUGAUAUUAAGGGUUUGUUUUUGUGUGUGUUUUUUUUUUUGUAAAUUAAAUAAAGCUUUAACUCUCAACACCUCUCUACAGAGCUCAUUGGUAAGUGUGGGGGAAGCCCCCAUCUAAGUCACAAUGCAUUCUAACUGUCGUGGACUCCUUGAGUCAGAUUGUUUAUAAAUUACUUUUGCAUUGGUUUCAACUCUUUGCACUGCAAUUAUUUUCGCUCUCAGAAGCCCAGAAUUUCAUGAAAUCUUUGUCCUCGGGCUGCCGGGCAAAUUCUUCAUCAACUCAGGGGACACUCUUCUGGGAGUAGUCACGGCGAUGACGUCAUUCUUUGGUCGUAUGCCAGCUCUUCCUGAUUGGAUAAUAAGUGGAGCAAUCCUAGGACUUCAGGGAGGAACACAAACGGUAGGGAGUGGAGAUUUUUUUUUUUUUUAAAUGAAAUCAAAUCCAGAUUUUUCUUUCAAUAUUUAAAUACUCAUUAGCAAAGACUUGGCGGAUCUUGAGGUGGAAAUAAUGGGGUAGAUAUCAUAGACACUCAUAAUUACUACAACAACAAAAAUUCAACAUUGAAUAUUUUGAUGAGAGGAUUCAUUUUAAACAAAUAUUUGAACUUGUAGAAGAAAGUUUUUUUGUGACUAGUAUUUUUAUAUGGGGCCAGACUUAAAGGAGGAGCACAAUCUCCCGUCAGGUUAAACAAAAAGAUGUCAACAACAGUGCAGACGUGUGUAGUUUCUCAGCUACUUCAAUUGAUUAAAUCAGAAAUGAAGAAACAUCCUUAAUAUGUCUCUAAAUGGAUGUGUCUGAUUGUAGACAAAGGAAACAGCCCUAAUAUGUCUCUAAAUGGAUGUGUCUGCUUGUAGACAAAGGAAACAGCCCUAAUAUGUCUCUAAAUGGAUGUGUCUGAAUGUAGACAAAGGAAACAGCCCUAAUAUGUCUCUAAAUGGAUGUGUCUGAUUGUAGACAAAGGAAACAGCCCUAAUAUGUCUCUAAAUGGAUGUCUCUGGAUGGAGACAAAGGAAACAUCCAUAAUAAGUCUUUAAAUGGAUGAGUCUGGAUGUAGACAAAGAAAACAGCCCUAAUAUGUCUCUAAAUGGAUGUGUCUGGAGGUCGUUGACUGGCGUUUUCUAAUCAUCCCACAACUUGGCGGCUGUCUUUUGCGUUCAGUAAUUGAGGACUUUUAUUCAGGGUUGACUUACUUUCCCAAAAUAGUUGCAUCGCCUGGCUGACGCGUCUGUUCGCUGUUAACUGUUUUAUGGCUGAAUAUUACUGCGUUGCUAUAAUUAGUAAAUUCGUCAGAACUUUUAUUUCUUUUAAAACCUCAUUAAUUUUUACCUAGAGCAAUUCAUUAAAUCAUACAGAUGUAAACCUUUAAGUUAGACCUUCCUAUUUCAUGUGCCCCCACCCCCAACCAAACCGCCCAAAAAAACCAACAACACUCAAACAGAUGUUGGCCAGGUACAAGUAUGCCAAGGACAACCAAAUUCCCGUUGCGGCACUCUGGAUACAAGAUUGGUCUGGAAAGGUUGAAAUGCCAUUUGGCAAGAGGGUGAACUGGGACUGGACAUGGGACCCCGCCUGGUACCCUGGUGAAUAUUACUUGAAUAGUUCAUUAGAUACAAAUAUUUACAAUUAUUUGUAUCGUUUAAUUUGGCUUGAAAUGUUGCUCGGUAGGAAAAAAGACUUAGCUCUCAGUGAUGUUGACAGAUGUAGCGACACAUUGACAGGUGGACAACACUUUCACAGAUGUAGCGACACAUUGACAGGUGGACAACACUUUGACAGAUGUAGCGACACAUUGACAGGUGGACAACACUUUGACAGAUGUAGCGACACAUUGGCAGGUGGACAACACUUUGAACCAUUUAAAAGUUAAUAUAAUAAAUACAGACAUUUUAAAAGGAAAGAGAACUUCUGGAUCAUGUUCGUAUCAAUAUUCAAUACUUGACUUGAUAAUUUGAAUUGAAUCAUCAAAAUGCAUGGACGUUUGGACAUUAAUACAUGGUUCCUUGUAUGUGUACAUUCUCAAAUUGUCUUUUUUCUGAUGUGGUAUUUGAUAUGCGUGUAAAGGGUAAUACAUGAUGUAUGGCUGUCUUUCUUGUAUGAAGAUACCUAUCAGAGAAGCGACUUGGAACGACUCUUUGCUGCUAAUUUUGAGCAUUACUGUGUACAUACUUUUUAAAAAAACUUAAUAAAAAUGAUACAUCUUCAGGUUUAGAUUCAGCCAUACAGAACUUAACUCGGGAAGGUGUUCGAGUGUUGGCCUACAUCAACCCUUACCUAAGACAGAAUGGUCAUCUCUUUACCGAGGUGGGUACCACGCUUGGGUAAGCCAUGACAUCAGAUCAUAGCGUUAUUCAUCUCACUAGUCUGCAUCAUUUAUUGCUUAGGAUCUAUUCAGAUGUUCGUGAAUAUGCUGUCCAUGUAUAAUAAACUCGUUGUGUUACAAGCACGAACAUGUUCGCUGGUAUUUUCAUCACAGGAUUAUUUGUGUGUCUGUCUCGCAGGCGGCAACAAAAGGCUACCUCGUGAAAAAUGAAACCGGGGGUGUCUACUUGCAAAGAUCUGUAACGCUUGUCUUCGCCUCGGUAGACUUAACCAAUCCGGAUGCCUUCAAGUGGUAUAAAAAUGGUAAAUGCAUUGAUGACAUGCCAGGUUCUUGUUACGAUGAGUUCUGCUUUGCUCAGAAUGUAAAUUAAAGUUUGUUAGAAACAUCUUUAAAAUGGAGCAAAUGGAUUUUUACUUUUAAAACAUCGGUCAAAUUUACAUUUUCAAAUCACUUCCGGGAUAGCUGUUCGUGGCUUCCUAAUAAUAUAAAACUGGGGAAAUAGUUGAUAUUGUAUUCUUUAAAAAGGUGAAAUUCAUUGGAUAAAUCAGUUGUGAUACACUACUUUCGUUUGGGAAUUAAUUUUUAGCAACACUGUUUUUUUGUUGUUGUUUUUUUUUUGGUCGGAAAAAGUCAAAUAUUUUGAUCAUGACAACUGUGUCCACAGUGAUAAGGACUAAUAUGAUUGACCUGGGGCUGGGUGGCUGGAUGGCCGACUUUGGCGAGUAUUUACCCGUGGACGCCAAACUCUACGACGGGCGUUCUGGUCUGCAGGCCCACAAUGAGUGGCCCGUUCUGUGGGCCAAACUCAACAGAGAAGUGGUGGAGGAUGCUGGGAGACUGGGGGAUAUCGUCUUCUUUAUGAGGGCUGGAUACUCAGGUAGUACGAGGUCAUGUCAGAUGUCACAACUCAGAUGAUACGAAGUCAUGUCAUGUCAUAUGUCACAACUCAAGUAAUACCUUGUCAUGUCAUGUCAAAUGUCACUAACUCAGGUAAUACGAGGUCACAUCAUGAAAAAUGUCACUGUUCAUCAUACCCCGUUGAAAUGGCUAGAAAGACUUUGCAAUUAUAUGCUAGUAAUUAGUUUUUGUAGUGUUGCGUUUGUUUUAAAUGUGGUAAAUUAUAGAUUUGUUUUUUGUUGACUUUGUACCGCGCUUCGAGCCUUUGGGGAUAAAGCGUGUUUUUGAAAUGAACUUUAUUAUUAUUAUUAUUAUAUCAAGUAAAUAAAAUCAUAGACUGUCAUACAUUUUAUUCUUGAUAUUUUGAAUGAAGUCCUUAUUUUUCUCAAUUGAUUUGGUUGAAUUUUGUUGUAAAAUGAUUUGAAGAUACCAAGGACUUAUUUCAUCUGAUAACGAUUAUUGAUUUCAAUCUCGUGUUGUCCUCCAGGUGGACAUUGUGUUGCUGUUGUUCAAAUUACGAUAUUAAAUAAGGAUAAAACAAAGUAAACUAUCAAACUAAUGGUUAGGAAGGUAAUGGUUUUAUUUUUUGAAUAUUAUGAAACCAUGAGUAAAACCAAUUUUCAUUUACUAACAGUACAAGUGUGUUGUUCUUUUCUGUUUAGGGUGGAUGCCACUAGGAUAGGGAUUUGUUUCGUUUUGGGUGGAUGCCACUAGGAUAGGGAUUUGUUUUGUUUUGGGUGGAUGCCACUAGGAUAGGGAUUUGUUUUGUUUUGGGUGGAUGCCACUAGAAUAGGGAUUUGCUUCGUUUUGGGUGGAUGCCACCAGGAUAGGGAUUUGUUUCGUUUUGGGUGGAUGCCACUAGGAUAGGGAUUUGUUUCGUUUUGGGUGGAUGCCACUAGGGUAGGGAUUUGUUUCGUUUUGGGUGGAUGCCACUAGGAUAGGGAUUUGUUUCGUUUUGGGUGGAUGCCACCAGGAUAGGAAUUUGUUUCGCUUUGGGUGGAUGCCACUAGGAUAGGGAUUUGUUUCGCUUUGGGUGGAUGCCACUAGGAUAGGGAUUUGUUUCGCUUUGGGUGGAUGCCAUUAGGAUAGGGAUUUGUUUCGUUUUGGGUGGAUGCCACUAGGAUAGGGAUUUGUUUUGUUUUGGGUGGAUGCCACUAGGAUAGGGAUUUGUUUUUUUUGGGUGGAUGCCACUAGAAUAGGGAUUUGUUUUGUUUUGGGUGGAUGCCACUAAAAUAGGGAUUUGUUUCAUUUUGGGUGGAUGCCACUAGGAUAGGGAUUUGUUUCGCUUUGAGUGGAUGCCACUAGGAUAGGGAUUUGUUUCGCUUUGGGUGGAUGCCACUAGGAUAAGGAUUUGUUUCGUUUUGGGUGUAUGCCACCAGGAUAGGGAUUUGUUUCGCUUUGGGUGGAUGCCACUGGGAUAGGGAUUUGUUUCGUUUUCGGUGGAUGCCACUAGGAUAGGGAUUUAUUUCGUUUUGGGUGGAUGCCACUAGGAUAAGGAUUUGUUUCGUUUUGGGUGGAUGCCACCAGGAUAGGGAUUUGUUUCGUUUUGGGUGGAUGCCACCAGGAUAGGGAUUUGUUUCGUUUUGGGUGGAUGCUACUAGGAUAGGGAUUUGUUUCGUUUUGGGUGCUUGCUACUAGGACCAUGAUUUAUUGUGUUUCCACGAUACGAUGUAUCAUAUAAAUGAGUUAACCUGGCGUACAGGUUCGAAUGCUACGUUAAAAAAAAUAAACAUCUCAAGACUGACAACUUCAUUCCCGUGCCAGGCAUCAGCAACUACACCACACUCAUGUGGAACGGUGACCAGGACGUGGACUUCUCCCUGGCCGACGGGGUGCGCUCCACCAUCUACGGCUCCCUCAGUAUGGGCAUGAGCGGUGUAGGCUUGACCCACUUCGACAUAGGCGGAUACACGACCUUCGCUUUGCUGGGCCUGGUCAGGACUAAAGAGCUUUUCCUGAGGUCGGCAGAGAUGGCCGUUUUUACAUCUGUAUUCAGGACUCACGAGGGUGAGUGGUUCAUUUACAACAGUGGGAUACUUAGUUUCUAAGUACUCGAGUACUGUAGAGCAAGAUACUUAAUUUCUAAGUACUCGAGUACUGGACAGCAAUAAACUUAGUUUCUAGGUACUCGAAUACUGUACAGCAUGAUACCCAGUUUCUAGGUACUCGAGUACUGUACAGCAUGAUACUUAGUUUCUAGGUACUCGAGUACUGUACAUCAGUAUAAUUAGUUUCUAAAAACUCGAGUACUGUACAGUGAGAUACUUAGUUUCUAGGUACUCGAGUACUGUACACAGGAUAAUUAGUUUCUAGGUACUGGAGUACUUUGCAGAAGAAUAUUUAGUUUUUAGGUACUUGAGUACUGUACAACAGAAUAUUUAGUUUUUAGGUACUUGAGUACUGCACAACAGCAUACGUAGUUUCUAUUUACUCGAGUACUGCACAGCUAGUUGGUUUUAACCUUGUGUUUUUAUUUGCGAUGAUAAAUUAUAUUUAUUUUGAUUUGGUUAUUUUCUUAAAAAGAAAAUUUUAAGGAGAAAAGUUCAACAAGAGGAAUAGAAACAUUUGCUUUUGGAUAUUACACCAGGAAUGGCGAAAUUCUGGAAUAAUCACUCCAGAUAAGGAGAAGAUUUCCAUUAGAGUUACGUUUUCAAUUGCACGAAUAAACACGAAUCACCAAUGUACGCAACCAAAAGUGCGCCACCAAUAGUCUGCCACCAAAUAGUGCACCACGAAUGUGCGCCACAAAUUGUGCGCCUCAAAUAGUGCGCCACCAAACAGUGCGCCACCAAUUAGUGCAACACCAAUAGUCUGCCACCAAUAGUCUGCCACCAAUAGUCUGCCACCAAUAGUCUGCCACCAAUAGGCUGCCACCAAUAGUCUGCCACCAAUAGUCCACGGGCUUUAAGACAUCAACUGUACAUCAAUGAAGAUCCACCAUUAAAAUUAUCAACUCUCGCAAUUAUUAGUAAAUUUUUUCCCUUACAUUUCACAACAGAAGUCAUCUCCCUUGUUUGUAUUUAUUUAUAGUAAAUAAACAAUUACCGUCAAAUUCAAACUGUCACGUCAAACUAGGGGAGCUAACACACACUUUUGAAUGAUGUUUUUGUCAACUUAGGUAACCAACCAGAAGCCAAUGUGCAAUGGUACAGCAAUGAUACAGCGCCAUCUUUUGCCAGAUUGGCCAAACAGUUUGCUCUACUCAAAGACUACAGGUGUGUCAUUUGUUCUUAUUCUAAAAGACUACAGAUGUAUCACAUAUUUGCAUACAGCAUGAUCGAAUUAUAAUUUUUUGAGGUUGAAAUUGUGAUGUUUUUGAAGUUGUUGCAGUUAUAAAUUUGUUUGUUGUAAGAUGAAUGUUCGACAUGAUGCUUUGGUAAGUUGAAAUUUGGUGCCGUGUUGCGAGACAGUAAUGGUUUUUAAGACCUUUCUCCUGGUUUGUAGUGAGCUGAAACCAGUUUAUUUUAAGACUACAUAUGUUUUUUAACAAUUUUUGUUAAUUCAUCAAAAGAUCUUGAUAAAUGGAACAACUAAAGAAACAAUUGAUUCAAACUAGCAACACAAUACAAUAAAAUGGUCAAAAGAACAUCUCAUUGAGAAAAAUUAUGCCUCAAUGACAAAUUAGUUCUCCAUGUAAUCACAUUUUCACCACCCCAGUGGCGCUAAAUAUUUGAAAUGUCCAGGCUCUAAAUUUUUUUUUUUUAAAUGGUCACCUUAUGCUUGGGAUAUUUUAAAUACACUUACGUCACGGGUACUCUAAUAUAGUCUCUGGAGAAGGUUUGUCCUGACCCUUAAACUGUUAAGUGUUGUUCACUGAGAGAUAGGAAGUGUGUAAAAAAUCAACUUGACUUACAUACAUUUCGCAUUAGAUCGUAUUGGAACAGUACAUGACUUAACCAGUACAGGAUCAAAACGAUACAGGACUUAACCAGUACAAGACAUAACUAGUACAGGACCCAACCAGUACAUGACCUAAACAGUGUAGGACCUAACGGUACAGGAUAUAACCAGUACAUGACCUAACCAGUACAUGACCUAAACGGUGUAGCACCUAAUGGUACAGUAGCUAACCAGUACAUUACCUAACUAGUACAUGACCUAAAUGGUGCAUAUUUUAACAGUACAGUACCUAGCUCCAAACUGUUUAACAUUCCCCCCCCCUUUUUUUGUACAUUAAUCUGGAAUGAAGCGUGGUUACGUGCAUUAGAUUCAGAAUUUGUUAACGUGCAAUUUUAUCAAUACUUGAUUUUAACACUUUAUAAAAUUUGUGUUUUGAUUUUAGGAAGUUUGUGGUGAAUCAAGUGGCUGGCGAAGGCAUUCCGGCGAUUAGACCGAUGAAGCUCAUCUAUGAAGACGACGAUGCUCCCUACAGCCAAUAUCUGUUUGGGCCUGACCUACUGGUGGCGCCAGUCUUCACUGAAAUGAUAAACGAAUGGCCAGUGGUGCUCCCAGGUGGCUCUGAUGGUGAGAAUACGGUUGAACAAUUAGUAUGUAUGUUACGACCAGAGCCCGAAAUCGGCCAAAGUGGGAUCCGGCCGACCAAAUCAGGAAAUGGCCAUUAUCGCCUGACAUUGACCGGUCAAUGUCCGAUCUUUUCUUGAUUUCGGGGCUUGGCCAGCCAGUUUGCGAAACGGCAUGGUGUGAUCGGCCAAAGUCGGAAGAAGGUCAUGAGCAGAUUUUGGGUGCUUGUGUAACGUAAUGAUAAUCACAUUACAAUGAUUAUUAAUUAUACUAAAUUACUAAAUCAGUAAAAUUAGUUUAUUAUAGAAAAUUAUCAAUCUCUAUCAUCACCUUGUUAAAACAAGAUGAUCUUUUGUGACAUUCCGAAUUACACAGCAGUUUGUUAUUUUUACAUUUGCAAAUGAUUUGUUGAACACUUCGUAGUGCUAUUGCAUCGAGUAUUGCCUUGGCCACCAGUCAGUGAUUGUGAAGACACAUCGAGUGUUGCCUUGGCCGCCGGUCAGUGACUGUGAAGACACAUGAGUGUAGCCUUGGCCACCGGUCAGUGACUGUGAAGACACAUCGAGUGUAGCCUUGGCCGCGGGUCAGUGACUGUGAAGACGCGCCAAUUCGUAGUGAUUUCUUUUCUGUGCUCACGGAUGCCAAUGUGAACAGUUACUCGUGCAGAAUGGAAAACUCACUUCUGGAAUACUGUUGUUUGAGAACGCCGCGCUCUGCUCCUAGCUUAUAGAAAGCGCCCUCGACGUUCAUAACAACUGCAAGGACGCUUCGUGGAUCACCGCGGCCUCUGUCAACCUGGUAUACUGAUGCGUAAAUUAUCUCCAACUAUUGCUUAUGGGAAUUUUGCAUCUGACUUUUUAAAAUAUCUUGUUGGCACCUUGAGUUUGCAAACUAGCAGGAGUUGCUGACCUCUUGUUCCUGAUUUCUAUAUUAUUAUUAUUAUCAUUAGGUGGUUUUAUAUAGAGCACUCACUGCAGUACAUCAGCCUAGGGCUAGGCUCACUGCAGUACAUCAGCCUAGGGCUAGGCUCACUGCAGUCCAUCAGCCUAGGGCUAGGCUCACUGCAGUACAUCAGCCUAGGGCUAGGCUCACUGCAGUACAUCAGCCUAGGGCUAGGCUCACUGCAGUACCCCAGCCUAGGGCUAGGCUCACUGUAGUACAUCAGCCUAGGGCUAGGCUCACUGCAGUACCCCAGCCUAGGGCUAGGCUCACUGUAGUACAUCAGCCUAGGGCUAGGCUCACUGCAGUACAUCAGCCUAGGGCUAGGCUCACUGCAGUACAUCAGCCUAGGGCUAGGCUCACUGCAGUACAUCAGCCUAGGGCUAGGCUCACUGUAGUACAUCAGCCUAGACCUAGGCUCACUGCAGUACAUCAGCCUAGGGCUAGGCUCACUGCAGUACAUCAGCCUUGGGCUAGGCUCACUGCAGUACCCCAGCCUAGGGCUAGGCUCACUGUAGUACAUCAGCCUAGGGCUAGGCUCACUGCAGUACAUCAGCCUUGGGCUAGGCUCACUGCAGUACAUCAGCCUAGGUCUAGGCUCACUGCAGUACACCAGCCUAGGGCUAGGCUCACUGCAGUACACCAGCCUAGGGCAAGGUUCACUGCAGUACAUCAGUCUAGGGUUAGGCUCACUGCGCUUCACAUAUAAAUUCACUAUUAAAGAAACCUAUACAUUUAAAAACAACAAUUGGUGAAUAGCUUGACAUCACCCACCCAAGUACUAUCUACCCCUGACUAGCCAUGGACAGCACUCAGCAGAAUCGAGCGUUGUUUAUCAGCCAUAAGGGGGUGAGAAUGAAUCGGUAUAGUACAGUUUGAAAAGAUGGGUCUUGGGGCAGUUUUGAAGGCUGUGAUGGUCGUUAUAUUGCGGAUGUAUAAUGGGAGAGAAUUGCAUUGUUUUGGGGCGCAGAAAGAGAAAGAUCGUUCACCAUAUGUUUAAGUGCGUGUUCUGUGAACACAAAGAGUACGCGUGUCUGCGGAAGAACGAAGCUUUCGAAGGGGUGAAUAGACAGUAAGAAUUUCAGUAAGAUAGGAAGGGCAGCAACCAGAGAAAAAGUUGUGACAGAGAACAGACAGCUUGUAAUCAAUGGGUGGCUGUAUGGGGAACCAAUGGAGUGAGUGAAGCAGAGGAGUGGCGUGAUCACGUUUCUUUGCCUAUAGAACUAACCUAGCAGCUGAAUUUUGAACUUUCUGCAGUUUUUCUAUGAAAUGUUUUGGUGAGCCUGACAGAAGAGAGAGUUGCAAUGGUCAAGACGAGAGAGAACAAGAGCACAGACUAUUGUUUUUGUGGGGUUUUCUUGACGGAUAGCAGUCAACGCAGAGCGACAGAUGUAAGAAAUAUGAUUUAUUGAGAGACAUGUUGCCAGAAAGAAUGUAACCAAGAUUAUGAUGUAGUCUGCAAGUAAUUUUCCUAUCGUUCCCUUCGUCUGCUUCAUUACUUAUUCGACAAACGGCAUGGACAUCGUUGGCAGAGUAUCCACAAGAAUGGGCUGAAUUAAACUCUUUUUCACACACUACACCAGGGGUCGGGAACCUAUGGCUCGCGAGCCAGAUGUGGCUCUGUUGAUGGCUGCAUCUGGCUCGCAGAAGAAUGUUCGACUGUUAAAUAAAUGUUUUUUAGACUCCUUUGAUUAGCAACAGCAUAAAAAUGUUAUUUUAAAAGAAUUCAGAGACAUAAUUAUUGUAUUUUUAGUGUUGUAAUUACACAAAAUGCACACAUUUACUUGAAUUUUUAGUUUUAAACAUUAUGUAUGGCUCUCACAGAAUUACUUUUCAAAAUAUGUGGUGUCCAUGGCUCUCACAGAAUUACUUUUCAAAAUAUGUGGUGUCCAUGGCUCUACUAGACAAAAAGGUUCACGACACCUGCACUACACAGAAUAUGUUCGCAUUGUUAUUAGUCUUGCAUCAGCACAUCGAAUAUUGGCCAGGGAUUUCCCGGCACUUCGGGAAGUGGCCGGCCAAAGUAGCAUAUACACUGGCAAUUUCAAGUACAUCGGACAUUGGCCAAACUUCGGGGUUUGGCCGUAACAUGUACCUGUUGGCUGUGUUCAGUGUGCGUGCAAUGAAGGAUGAUAAAUUUUGGGAUAGUCACAUGUCUUAUUACUUUUAAGGACAUAGAAUUGAGUCCAUUUUAAAAAACUUUAAAUUUUAGAGAGGACCUGCAAAGAAAUAAAGAGAGUAUAACAAUGAAAGAUUUUUGUUUUAGAUAUAAUCAAGAGAGGGCCAUUUAAGUAUUAUGUAUCCUUAAUUUGCGCGACUUUUAUUUAGACAUCACUCAUUUUUUUCAGACAGCAUUCAAUCUUAUCAGACAGGGUUUAGUCUUAUCAGACAGCAUUCAGUCUUAUCAGACAGCAUUAAAUCUUAUCAGACAGCAUUCAGUCUUAUCAGACAGCAUUAAAUCUUAUCAGACAGCAUUCAGUCUUAUCAGACAAUCUUCAUUCUUAUCAGACAGCAUUCACUCUUAUCAUUAGACAGCAUUUAUUUUAUCUGACAGCAUUCAUUCUUAUCAUACAUCAUUCAGUCUUAAUAACGUUCACAAUAGGCAAAUAGGCAAUUUUUGUAUUAUGUACACAGCGUACAACUGGAUCCACUUGUGGAGUGGGACGGCAUACAGAGGAGGUCAGACAGUGACCGUGGCUGCACCCCUGGGCCAGCCUCCAGUUUUCUACAGGUCUGACUCGACUUACAAACAAGACUUCGAGAGACUGAAAAAUGAGAGCAAAAUGGCUGACCCAAUUAUUGGUUAAAUUGAUGCAGUGGUCCUCAAGUUUAUAAAUAUUUUAUAAUCAUUUUCAUCAAUGUGAUGAUGCCUCGUGAAAAAAUAUGUCAGGAAAACUAUUGUAAGAACGUUAAAAUAACAGCCUCUUAGCUUAUGUUUUAUUUCAUUGUGAUUGUACGUUGU